AUGGUUUCAGAAACAACAAUUGUAGAAUUACCAGAGGCAGCAAUUGCACAACAAGAAUCAUCAGCCACUUCAACUGUUCAACCAACACAACCAAACUAUUCAUCUUUCCAACAAGUUAAUAGUCAAUCACCACCACAACAACCACAAUAUUAUCAACCAGCUUAUCAUGGUCAUCAUCACCAUCAACCAUCUCAUCAUGGCCACCAUCACCAUACCCAUCAUCACCAUAAUGGAGGCCUCCAUUUAGCAUAUGUUGGUCAUCCAGCAGCUCAUAUUCAUCACGGUCACCAUGGUCAUCACCAUCAACCAGCAUUUGUUAACCCACAAUUCCCACCAAAUUACCAACCAUCACAAUUAACUUCAUUGUAUGUUGGUGACUUAGCCUCUGAUGUCAACGAGGUUGUUUUAAAUGAACUAUUCUCUAAAGUUGGUCGUAAUGCCAUUGCCUCAAUCCAUGUCUGUCGUGACUCUAAUACAUAUAGAUCACUUGGCUAUGCUUAUGUAAAUUUCUAUAAUAACCACGAUGCUGAAAGAGCCCUCGAUACUUUAAAUUACUCUAUGAUCCAUGGUAAACCAUGCCGUAUUAUGUGGAGCUACCGUGACCCAACCAAAAGAAAAACCAAUGUAGGUAAUGUUUUUGUAAAGAAUUUAGAAAAGGCUGUUGACAACGCAAUGUUAUACGAUGUAUUCAGUUCAUUUGGUAAUAUCCUUUCGUGCAAAGUUGAAUACGAAAAAGGUAUUUCAAAAGGUUACGGUUAUGUUCAUUUCGAAACCUCAGAGUCAUCCGGUAAAGCAAUUGAAAGAAUUAAUGGUACAUUAGUACUUGGCAAACCAAUUUUCUGUGAGCCAUUUGUUGCAAAAGUAGAAAGAUAUAAAGUAGAAAAUAAAGUAUUCUUUAGAAAUGCUGAUGAAAGUGUUACACAAGAAAUGAUUCAAGAAGAAUUAAGUAAAUUUGGCGAAAUUGAAAUUUGCACUUUAAAGAUUGAUUCAACAGGUAAAUCAAAGGGUUUAGGUACAGUCGAAUUUAAGAACUGUGAAGAUGCACAAAAACUAUUGGCCGUUGAAGCUGAUAGUAUCCAAAUUAAUGGUAAACCAAUUACAUUUGAUCGUGUUAAAAAUAAAAUCGAACGUGUAACAGAGCUUCGUAAAAAAACAACUGACCAAACUUUAUUCUUAAGCAAUAUUGAUGAAUCAAUUGAAAAAGAAACAAUUAAAGAAGAGUUCUCAAAACAUGGCGCUAUUAUUGGUUGUAAGAUUGUUCAGGAUGAAAGUGGAAAAAAUAAAGGUUAUGGUUUUAUUACAUUUUCCGAAGUUUCAGAAGCUAAUAAAGCCCUAGAAGCCUUAAAUGGUUUCACCUUUGGCAAUAAACAAAUUACUGUCAGUUUAUCAAGCAACAAAGAGCAACAAUUAACCUCACAUCAUGCCGCUCAUCAUGCUGCUCAUCAUUCGAAUCCAUCACAUAAAUCUUCAAAAUAUAUUUUAGCUCCACAUCCACACGCUGCUCACCAUGGUCACCAUGUUGCUCAUCAUGGUCAUCAUCCAAAAUCUGUUCAUGCAGUUGCCGCAGUAGCUAAUGGUAAUCAAUAUCCUACUGCAUUUAUUCCAAAUGGCAAUAGAUAUUAUCAUGGUACUGCACCAAUUUAUACCCAACCAUCUUCACCAUCACACAUUUAUACCCAACCAUCUUCAAAUCCACGUUACUUAAAAUCUUCCUCACCAUCAACACCAUCAACAUUUAAGAAAUCAAAUAUUAAUAGUAAUAAUACAUCAAAACCAACCAAUGGCUUAUCAAAUGGCUAUAAAGGUAAUAAACCAAGAAAUAUGAAUGGUAAACCAAGAUUUAAUAAAGAUAAUAAUAAUAAUACUGAAAAAUCAACAACCCCAGUUGUCGAAGAGUCAAAAUCAAUCGAAAUCACCUCAACUACUACCACUACUUCAACUACCACUACUACUUCUAAUUUAAACAUCACUCUCGAAUCAAUUUUAAAACAAACUCCAGAGGAAGCUACUGAAACCCUUGGCUCAGAAAUUUAUAAUUUAGUAUUAGCAAAAUAUGAUAACGAUGCUUCAUUAGCUGGUAAAAUAACAGGUAUGAUCAUCGAAUCCGUUUGUGAACCAAAAGAAUUAUUUUCUCUUAUUGACUCUGGCAAGAUUCAAUCUAAGAUUGAAGAGGGCAAAACCCUUUUGGAAGGUAAUACUCAAAAUUAA